UCAAGAAAAAUCCAAGCAAAGAUAGACCCCAAACUCCAAAGUGUUGACAAAUGGCCCAUCUCUCUCUCUUCCUAUGUAAGUUACUAACUAUUUUCUUACAAACCCAGGCGUAGCAUCUUCUUCUUUGUAUUGUAAAGAGAGAGAGAGAGAGAGAUAAAAGACUGAAGAGUGGUCCCAGCAGAUCCGGAAGACGCCAUUUCCUUUCCCAGUCCCACAUUUCGCCUGUUUGGUUGACGACAAUGGAAAUGGACUUUCGGUAGCAUCUCUUUCUUGGCUUUUACUAUAAGCCUCCUCAUGAUUUUCUGAUAUUAUUUCAGCUCUAUCUUCACUCUUCUCCUAUAAUGGGUUUUCUUCCGAUUUCUUUUAGCUCUGAGCUCCGCUGGAGCUAGUCUUCGAUUACUGAUCUCUUUCUGCGUUUUUUCUUUAAGCUGAACCCGAUUCCCUCUCUGGGUGGGGAGAAAAAUGCAGUGGACAAGCUAUCUCCCGGGAUAUUACCCUCCAAAAGAUCUUAGUGGGAGCGUUACUGGUAAUUCAUGGUCUCUACCACACAAUGAUAUCACGUGGAACGGUGCCAGAGGCUUCUAUGUUUCCUUGCCUCCAUUUAUGGUGGACCAGAAUGUGGAAUUAGUUCAUCAAAAGGAAAUAUUGAAGCAGACGAUACGCAAGCAUGAAGCAAUAUUUAGAUAUCAGGUCAAUGAACUACAUCGCGUAUAUAGAAGACAAAGAGAGUUAAUGGAUGAGAUUAGAAGGAGAAAGCAAAUGGAAGAUCAUUUACACUUGCAAGCAUCAGAGUCGAAGUCUUUUAUGUCACAGUUAAGGUCUGAAAUUUCCCAGAAAACUGAUUGGCCUCUGGUUGACCUCACAAGCGCCGAGCCGUCUGCACCAUGUAGAGAAAUGUUUCAAGGUUCUUCAAAUUCUAUUGCUGGUCAGAUAGUGCAACCAGGUGCUGACUUGUUGACGGAACAAAAUGUUAGAAAAGAUUGGAAAAUGUCAUCUUCGAUGAGCAGUGCGUCAAGAAAUAAAACAUUCGAUCUUGAACUUCCAGCAGAAGAAUACGUAGAUAUUGAAGACGGAGAACAAUGUGUGGAGGAAAGUCCUGUUCAAGGGCCCAAUAUUCUGAUUUCAGAGAUUCAACCUCAACAUAGUUCAAAAGUCAACUUUGUUUAUCCUGGAGAUUCUUCGAUUUCUAACUCAACUCCUAGGGGUACCUUUCUUUUGUUUGACCUGAAUGAACCAAUACAGCCUGAUGAAACAGGGUGUCCAAAUUCUGCACUUGAAUCUAUGGACGUUCAUGAGGAAAUCAGCGAAAUGGAUCAGGAUCUAUCUGGAACAGGGCAUGCAGAAUGCUCAACUCUGAAGAAAGAAGGGGGAGGUGUAAGCAACCUGAAUCCUUCUGAUGAAGUUUCUUCUGUUGAGAGAACACUUCUUCAAUGUAAUCAAACAGCAAGUUCACCUCCAAGAUUUGUAGACAAGAGUCGUAAUGGAAACAAAACUAACAAAUCAUUGCUAGUUUCUCCUCGGAAAAAAAUUAAGGAGAUACCCUUCGCAGUUCAAGCUCUUCCAUGCUUUAUUACUAAUGCAUCACUCAGUAAGAGUCCUAAAUCUUCUGUUGGGAAUUCUAAUCUCACUGGAAUGAAGAGUGACCUGUACAACAGUAGUGCUUCUAGUCCAACUUCUGGCACAUCAGGCUCCUGCUUGAUGAAAUAUGGUGAUAAUGACCCUACAUCUGGACAGACCCAUGCUGUUAAGUUAUCUAAGAUUCCAGAUAGCAUGAAUUCAGUGAAGGGUAUGGACUUGAAUUGCACACCUUCUUCCGAUUUGUCUGAUGAUCAGUUUUCCGCCCCUACCUCCAAUAUUUCACAUCUGAAUCUCCCUGAAGGCAGAGAAAGAGAGAUUUGUGAAAAAUAUGUUCUUCUUGACUGUAUCCCGAGUCCUGAUUCUGCACUCAAAUCUAGAAAAUCUACUACUAAUUCUUCCAUUAACAGCAUCAAGGAAGAAACUCUAUUAUCACCUGGUCACAGUGAAGCAACAAUGACUAGUGUAGACAGAGAUUUGGAAGCUCCUGUAAGCCCAGAAAACAAGGAAUGUUCUCCACCUAGAGGGGACUCUCUGGACAAUCCGAUCGGUACAUCUGCCCAGUGGUGUAAAAGAGACCGCAUGAGUGAUUACACUGGGGAAACUGACAGGGCUGCAGCAGAGACACUACUUUUUAUUUCGUCAUCUGCUGUCAAGGCACGCUCAAAGACUCUCACUGGUGAACCAUCUGAAGCCUCUCAUGAUUCUCUGGGAUGGCUUGCUGAUAUUGCAGCUUCUUUGGCAAGUAAUCUAGAGAAUGAGGUUGGAUCACGUAGUCGUUCAAGGAGCAGCCGACCAAGGAAGAGAAACUAUCAGAGGGUCCUUCAAACAGAAGUGCUACCUGCUGCUGCCUCUGUGCCUCUGCGUCAGUUGAAUGAAGAUCUUCUGGCUAUUGAAGGUCUAAAGUUACCUGCAAAUGCUGCAUCCGAAUCAGGUCGAUGUAGGAAAACUCUGCGUAAGACUAGUUCGAGAAGUAGGAGAUGGUCCCAUUUUGGGGGGAGAACUGGUUCGCUGUUACAUCCACAUCCUAGUAAUGACAAACAUAGCGUUACAGAGAGAUUUUGGAGAGACUGGGGGGUGACAAAAGGGCGCCAAAACGGUCGGAGAGCUCGUUCUAUCUCCUCUUUUUGCUGAUGGCUAUUUGAGAGUAUUUUUUGACUCAUGGAAAUAUUAUAUGAUAUGCACAAAGUUAAUUCAUAAGAGUGAUUUAUUCGAGGCAUUUCUGCUCUUGGAAUUGUAUGUACAGGUAGUUGGCCGAACUCAUAUAGUAUAUACUUAUUUUUGGGGAACUGCUCAUGUAGUUACAAUGACAGUGACAAAGAUAACAAUAUUUUGUUGUUAGUUUGAUUGAUAGACCUUUUGCCA